AUGGCUGAGAAUCAAGGGCAAGCGACGGGAAGGGAGAGAGAGAUCCCCGUAUUCACUGUCUUGAAGAACAAUUGCAUCCUCAAGAAUAUCUUUCUCUUGGACACCCCUCCUGCAACUUCUCCUUCUUCUUCUCUUUACGUAGCCGAAAAUGAUGAUCAAGAAUCCCAAGGGGAGGAAAUAUUGGUGGUGGGAAGGCACCCAGAUUGUAAUAUAAAGUUGGAGCACCCCAGUAUCAGCAGAUUUCAUCUUCGCGUUCACUCUAAACCCUCUUCUCGUUCUCUAUCCGUCACGGAUUUGUCCUCUGUGCACGGGACUUGGAUAUCGGGCACAAAAAUCCAGCCUGGGGUGAUUAUCCAUCUUACUGAUGGUGAUACUCUGCGUCUUGGGGCAUCGAGUAGGUUGUACAAAUUCAGUUGGGUUCCAAUAAGCUAUGCUUAUGAUAUUGACAACCCAUUUGUGCCUGAAUUGAGUGCUUCCCACAUAGUUGUUGAAGAAGAAAUCCAAGAGGCAAUAAAUGAGGAUGAGAAUGCUUUGCCUUUGGGAAAUGAUCAAGUGCAGACUCUGAGCAACAACAUGGAAGCCUUAACAAUGCUAUAUUCUGAUGAGGAUUUUGGCUCCUCUAUGCAAAAAGGGAGUCCGCCAUCAUCAAUCCUUGUGUCUCAGGAAUUCUGCAUUUCACUUUUCGACAAAGAUGAAGUAGAGAAUAUCAAAUCAUCUGGAGGAAACAAGCUUGAAAAGAGUAUCUCUGAUGGCGAGUUGUGUGGUCUUGACAAAGAAAACAGCACUCCUCGUGUACAUUCUCCUUUAGCUGUGUCCCCCAAAGUAGCUCAACUUGAAACCACUGAGACAUCUGGAAUGAUGAGUUCAAUGAAAAGAUCAGGCCUCAGUAUCUGGUCAAGGAGGGGUAAGCUUGAAAGUGUAAACAUUCAAACCAGUGAAAGAAGUGGAAGCCAUGCAAGGAUUAAUAUGAGCUUGCAGAGUAAUCAAUCACUUGAUGAAAACAACAGAAGCAAACUGGUUCAUAAGGAUAAUUUUUCUAUUCCUUACAAUGAUGAGCACAUCUCCCAAGAGAAUACCUCUCCUAAUUCUCCGACGUUUAGUUCAGUUAAUAGGGCUAAUGAAGAAAUUGUGAAGUGUGGUUCAAAUUUGAAAUCUAAGAUCUCCAGCAUAGAGCAGGAUGAAGAAGAAAUUUUCACCCCAGACAAAGAAAACAUGACUCCAAAUACCCGUCUACAGAAGUCCAUGAAGAAUAGAGGCAUAUUAGAAGAAGCUAAACAUUUAGUGCCUUGCAGUUCGUCCCCCUUGACAGGAGCUAAUAAUAGCAACAGGAAAGUCUUGCUUCCAGCCUUUGAGGAAGAAAGUCAGAACUUAAAUCUUCUUCAGGAACGGAAAUCAACAAAUUCCAUGUCCAAAAGCCGCUGCAGCAAGAAGAAACCACCAACUGUGCUCAAUGCUGGAGCAGUUAGAGACCCUUUUCAUCCGUUGCCUGUAAAUUCAUCUGAUGAAAACACCAAACCAAAACCUACAGUUCAUGAGUUGAAGUUGACAGGUAGAAGAUCUACCUCCCAUCCCAAGACUGAAGCGGUUGAUCAUUCUCAUAAGAAGACUAUGAAGGUGGAAGAUAGGAGAUGGAUUAUUGUUGUAGACAGUACCUGUUUGCUGAACAAAGAUUCGAGGAAGGAGCUGCAACUUCUGCGAGGUCUUCGAGGGACUACAUUGGUUAUUCCUAGAAUUGUUGUAAGGGAACUUGAUUGCAUGUUGAGACGUGCUAGUUUCUUUAGAAGAAUGACUGAAGUUUCUGCUGCAUUGAAAUGGAUUGAAGAAUGUGUGGCUAUUUCCAAAUGGUGGAUCCAUUUACAGAGCUCAGCAGAGGAAGGCAAUCUUAUUCCUCUGACCCCUCCUGCUUCUUCUUCUCCUCAUUGGCUCAGCGAGGACAAGAUCGGUGCAUUGUCUGUCCGCUCUACUCCAUUCUCUCCAUAUAGUUUAGAGGAAAUUGUUACUCCCACGGCCACAGACCAUAUCCUUGAAUGUGCUCUUUUCUUUAAGAGAAUCAGAAAUGAUGGACAGCUUAUCCUUCUUACUGACGAUGCUACUCUGAAGAUCAAGGCCAUGGCUGAAGGAGUUAUCUGUGAGACGGUAGAGGAAUUCCGUAGCAGUCUUGUAAACCCAUUCUCAAAGAGAUUUCUAUACGACAGUUCUCCAAUAGGACCCUCUUGGUCAUGUGUGGAUGAUGUUGUGCUUAAGGAGAAAUAUUAUCCCAGCCCUUCAAAGAAGCUGUCAAAAUCUGGAGAAGGUGUGAAGGGCUUGAAGCUCAUCCUGCAUCAUAACUCCAACUUCAGGCAGACCACUCCAGAAAGUCUUACAAAGGUGUAAAACAGCCCUAGACACAAAAUUUGGAUACUGCUUGGAAUCUUGUUUGUUAAAAAUACCCUCUUCUCUUCCACACAUUGAGAGAGUUGCAAUCUCACUUGAGCUUCAACUUCAGUAGUCUCUAUUUUGUUGAUGGUAUUGGCGUUCAUUUUCAUUUGAUUAAGGAGCUGCUGAGUAAUACAAAAUAUUAAAACCUUUAAUAUUGGAAAGGGAAAAAAUCACUUUUAGUCCCAAUAUAAUAAAAAUUAAUUAUUUUUUAUCAAAUAUAAAAAAUUUAUCAAUUUUGGUCCCAAUAUAACUAAUUUUAAUCAAUUUCAAUCUCACCUUUAAAAGAGAAACUAACCGAAACGCGCUGACGUGAAUAUAACGGAGCUAACGUAGCAUCCGAUUUGGACCAACACGGCCGUGUGCAUUAAAAAAUUAAAAAAAAAAAAAUCAGACAUAAAUUCAAAACUAGUUUUUUAGAGGUGGGACUGAAAUUGAUUAAAAUUAGUUAUAUUGGGACCAAAAUUGAUGAAUUUUUUAGAUUGGGACAAAAAAAUGAUUAAUUUUUGUUAUAUUGGGACUAAAGUGAUUUUUCCCUGUUGGAAAAUACUAACAUGAUGCUGUAUCAUAUGG